UAAAAACAAGUAUCAGUACUUGCUCCAAGGCUGUGCUUGUUCUCAUUCUUCUUCCUCUUAGGCAUCCAACAAAACCCAUUCGUUCUCUUGCAAACCAAUAACCUUCUUUCACCUGAAAACCACCUCUCUUUUUCUAUCUCGAAAUGGGUAGUCUUAACACUGAAGAUGUUCUUGAAAACAGUUCAGCUUUCGGUGUAACAAAUCCAUUAGACCCAGAAGAAUUCAGGAGACAAGGUCAUAUGAUAAUCGACUUCUUAGCUGAUUAUUAUAGAGAUGUCGAAAAGUAUCCAGUUCGAAGUCAAGUAGAACCUGGUUAUCUACGUAAACGAUUACCUGAAACAGCUCCCUACAAUCCAGAAUCAAUCGAAACAAUUCUUCAAGAUGUGACAACUGAGAUUAUCCCAGGAUUAACACAUUGGCAAAGUCCUAAUUACUAUGCUUAUUUUCCUUCGAGUGGUUCCGUUGCUGGAUUCCUCGGUGAAAUGCUUAGUACUGGUUUUAAUGUUGUUGGUUUUAACUGGAUGUCUUCACCUGCUGCUACAGAACUCGAAAGUGUUGUUAUGGAUUGGUUCGGGAAAAUGCUUAACCUUCCAGAAUCAUUCUUGUUCUCUGGUAGUGGUGGUGGAGUUUUGCAGGGAACUAGUUGUGAAGCAAUCUUAUGUACAUUAACAGCUGCAAGGGACAGAAAGUUAAACAAAAUUGGUCGUGAACAUAUCGGAAGGUUAGUUGUUUAUGGAUCUGAUCAAACGCACUGUGCACUACAAAAAGCUGCUCAGGUCGCAGGAAUUAACCCAAAGAACUUCCGUGCUAUUAAAACGUUUAAAGAAAACUCAUUCGGAUUAUCAGCUGCUACCCUAAGAGAAGUAAUUCUUGAAGACAUUGAAGCCGGGUUGAUCCCUCUUUUUGUAUGUCCCACGGUUGGAACUACAUCAUCUACUGCAGUGGAUCCUAUCAGUCCUAUCUGUGAAGUGGCAAAGGAAUACGAAAUGUGGGUUCACGUAGACGCAGCUUACGCUGGAAGUGCAUGUAUCUGCCCUGAGUUUAGACACUUCAUCGAUGGAGUUGAGGAAGCUGAUUCAUUCAGUCUCAAUGCACAUAAAUGGUUUUUCACAACUUUGGAUUGUUGCUGCCUCUGGGUUAAAGAUCCAAGUGCCCUUGUUAAAGCUCUUUCCACAAAUCCUGAAUACUUGAGAAACAAAGCUACGGAGUCAAGACAAGUUGUUGACUACAAAGACUGGCAAAUCGCACUCAGUCGCCGAUUCCGAUCCUUGAAACUUUGGAUGGUCUUACGUAGCUAUGGUGUAACUAAUUUGAGAAAUUUCUUAAGGAGUCAUGUUAAAAUGGCUAAGACAUUCGAGGGUCUUAUUUGUAUGGAUGGGAGAUUCGAAAUUACUGUGCCUAGGACUUUUGCCAUGGUUUGCUUUCGACUUUUACCGCCAAAAACCAUAAAGGUAUACGACAAUGGGGUUCACCAGAAUGGAAACGGGGUCGUUCCACUACGUGAUGAAAAUGAAAAUUUAGUGCUUGCUAAUAAGCUUAAUCAGGUUUAUUUGGAGACAGUCAAUGCAACGGGAAGUGUUUACAUGACUCAUGCCGUUGUUGGCGGUGUCUACAUGAUUCGGUUUGCAGUUGGUUCAACCCUAACAGAGGAACGCCAUGUUAUUUAUGCAUGGAAGAUUUUGCAAGAGCAUGCAGAUCUGAUUCUUGGUAAGUUCAGUGAAGCAGAUUUUUCAAGUUAGUAAUAUUCACAUAUUUUGUGAUAUCAGAUCAGAUGCAUUUGAUGAUGAAUGGUGGGCAGUUGAGAUUUAAUAAAAUCAUUCCGGGUCAUCCAUAAUGCUGGAAUAAAGAUGAAAAAACAAAAAACAGAAUAAAA